AUGGGUCUCCUGGCGGACAUCCUGCUGCAUCCGGGCGAGCUGCUGCCGCUGCUGCGCGUGCGCAGGGAGGCCAAGGUGCUAGCAGCACAGACAUACGAGGACGAGGACGUGGCGUUCUGCUACCGCAUGCUCAACCGCCUCAGCAAGAGCUUCGCCUUCGUCAUCCAGCAGCUGCCCGCCGCUGUCCGCCACGCUGUACGCCCGGCCCCCUCCUGCCCCUCCCGCCUCCCCCGCCUCUUCUGCCUCUCCCGCCCCUCCUGCCCCUCCUGCCCCUCCUGCCUCUCCUGCCCCUUCUACCUCUCCUGCCUCUUCUGCCCCUCCUGCAUCUCCCGCCCCUCCUGCCCCUCCUGCCUCUUCUGCCCCUCCUGCCCCUUCUGCCCCUUCUGCCUCUUCUGCCCCUCUCCGCCCCCUCUUCCUCUCCUGCCCCUCCUGCCUGUCUCUUCUGCAUCUCGUGCCUUUUCAAUUGACUCAAAUGCCUCCCUCUCUUCAUCUUCACCACGGCCUGUGUUAUGUCCCCCCUCGAUCGUGUGCGUCUUCUACCUCGUCCUGCGCGCCCUCGACACCGUUGAGGACGACAUGGGGGUGGGCAACGCGGAGAAGAUCCCAAUCCUCAUCGCCUUCCACGAGCAUGUCACAGACCCCAACUGGACCUACGUCUGCGGGACCAAGGACUUUCGGAAGCUAAUGCAGCACCUGCACCACUUGCGCCGGGCACUCGAGAAACUCGACCCAAAGUACCGCAUGGUCAUCCUGGACAUCACCAAGCGCAUGGGGGCGGGCAUGGCCAUGUACAUCACCGCGGAGGUGGAGACAGAGCAGCAGUACCAGGACUACUGCCACUACGUGGCGGGGCUGGUGGGCAUCGGGAUGUCAGCCAUCUUCCACCACUCGGGCCUCGAGCCUCUGGCAGACGAGGACCUGUCCAACACCAUGGGACUCUUUCUGCAGAACACCAACAUCAUCCGCGACUACCUGGAGGACAUAGAGGAGGAGCCGGCCCCGCGCAUGUUCUGGCCGCGCGCCAUCUGGGGGAAAUACUCUCAGCAGCUCGAGGACUUCAAGGACGUGGGGGCGAACGGCACAGCAGCAGUGCAGUGUCUGAACGACAUGGUCACCAUCGCCCUCUCGCACGCGCCUCACUGCCUCUGCUUCCUCGCUCAAGUGCAAGACGCCCAGAUCUUCAGAUUCUGGGCCAUUCCCCAGGUGACGCCCUCCCCAGAUUCCCCAAGCGCUGUCGAGUCGAGUACAGCCAGUGCAAGGCUCGCCGCUGGGCCUGGUCACACCGAGUUUUGA